UUCAGUCCGACAGGGGUUUCUAUACUUUCAUUAGCGUCUUCUUCCAACCUGCCUCGUGCCUUCUGCCUUCUGCCUUCUGCCUUUCACCUUCUUCUUCUCUUCUCUCCCCCUCUCCUCCAGCCAACUACCUCUGCUCCUCUUUAAUAUUCGUCUUCAACCAUAACAAAGUAUUCGGGGGUUGACAACGCCUCGCACACAUCUCUUUUAUUAUUUUCCCUAAUUUCUUGUAUCCUUAAUUGUCCAUGCUCAUCGAGUUACACUACAUUUCAGCUACAUAAACAUAAAUCUCAUGUCCUCCACACAUUCUCGCACCCACCGCUCCAUCCUCCCCUCCCCUGCCACACUCCUCCUCUCCUCCUUCGUCCUCCUCUUCUCCUCCCUCAUCUCCCCCACCCACGCACGCAUCACCUGCCAAUCCCCAGUCGGCUCCCACACCGUCGGCGACAUCUUACCGCUUCAAUGGUCCGAUAACGGUGCCUGGCCCAAAUCCGCAGAUGUCUACUCUGCAGACGCGGACGUCGUCUGUUCCACGGGCUCAAAAACGAUCUUGACGAUCCCCUCGAUCACGAACGGACAGUCGUGGACGAUCCCUCCAGAAGUUCUGUCGGCGGGGUGUCCAGGCAAUAGAAUCCGGGUCGAGUAUGGAGGGAAGGUGUGGGAUGUGUUGCACCUGUUGCAUGUCUUAAGCUUCUCAACCAAAUGUGAGGACAUGGUCAUUGCAGAGGCUGUUACGACCACGACUACGACCACGACCAUAAUCACGACAACCACACCAGCGACAACGACGACUUUGUUGACCUCGACUAUUGGGACGACGACGAUGACGACGGCGACGACAAAUGGGUCUUUAACGAUAACUUCAUUAACGACGGCAAUGCCGACAACGACAACGGGGUCCCCGACGCCGGACAGGAACGGCGGCGGUUCCUCAACGACGAUCACGACGACCUCACGACCAAACACUGCGGCGAUCGUCUUUGGAAUUCUUGGCGGGAUCGUCCUCAUUGGCCUGGUGGUCUUUGGGAUCAUUGUGAGCAAACGGCGGAAACGUCGUAUGGAGGAACAGAAAUGGUUGACGCAGGAAGCACUCAACCGUGCAGGAUUCGGUGGCGGUAGUGCUGGGGCCGUUGGAAGCUCGGUCGCGACAUCCGCCGGUAGAAGGGCAGGAGGAAGGCCCUCGUAUGAGGAUCAGCUUGGAUUUUACCGACAGGAUCCUGUUCCUGUAGGGAAGGCGCCUCUGCCGAGUCAGGAAUUCAUCCCCCUGACCCAGGCACCGGCACAGCAUAGUCACUUGGGGAACGUUCCUAUGAUGCAGGAAUACAACCAUCGCCACCAACAUCAACUUCCACCACCUGCAACGCUCUCUGGACGGAGUCCUCAUGAAGAGCAAAGUUACUGGCCUCCUACAUCUGGUUCUGAAUACGAGGUCCCUCCACCGCAUGGAUUCCAUACCUACGCCUCAGGACCCUACAACAACCAUCAUCACCACCACCACCAACAACAACAACAACAACAACAACAGCAAUAUGACCAAUUUCAUCCUGCUCAAGAUCUUCGCGCCCCUGCAUCCAUCGCUUCACCGGCGCCGGCACUGGCACCAAUGGUGACAGUGGGAUCAGAGAGCCCAGCGCAGGGCCUGAUGGCGGUGGCAAGUCCUCAGCCAACGAAUCGGGAUUAUUAUCAGCGCAUGCAGAGUCUGGAGCUACCGCGGCUCCCGCUUCCACCCACGAUCACGGCCCCCGGUACACAGCAGUAGUGGCAGUGGCAGUAGAUAGUAAUGAAGCAUGGCAUAGGCCUGUGGCGGCUGGGACAGGGAUAGGAGCUAUGGGGCUCAGGGGGGCUGUGUUGAUAGGAAGGGUUUGAAUAGGCAGGAGGAUAAUCGAGCUUUAGAAGCAGCGUAGAAAAGUGCUACUAAAGAAUACGAGAACGUACCCCACAUAGUCUACACAUGUAUGAUCAUUAUUAUGAUGAAAACAAU